UGAAAUACAUGAGAGAAGCAACCCCCUAUGUGAAGAAAGGCUCCCCUGUUUCAGAAAUCGGGUGGGAGACGCCUCCACCCGAAUCUCCUCGCUUGGGUUGCACCUCUGCUGACCCCCUGUCGCAGCUUUCGCUCUCCAUCCACAGAGACAAGAAGACAAUACCGCUCAAGAUGUGCUACGUGACGCGCAACAUGACGGUGUCAGACCCCGAAAACAGACUUAUUGAAGUUCAUUCACCUGAUGCCAAGCACACCGUGGUGCUCAGGAGUAAGGAUUCAGCUACAGCCCAGGCCUGGUUCAAUGCCAUCCACUCCAGUGUCAAUGAGCUCAUCCCCAGGGUGAUUGCAGAGGUCAGAGACCAGCUGGGUAAAACAGGGAUUGCUGGAAGUCGAGAGAUUAGGCAUCUAGGCUGGCUUGCCGAAAAGGUGCCAGGAGACAACGAGAAGCACUGGAAGCCAGUGUUAGUGGUCUUGACGGAGAAAGACCUCUUAAUAUAUGAGAGCAUGCCACGGAUGAAGGAAGCUUGGUUCAGCCCUCUGCACACCUACCCCCUGCUAGCCACCAGGUUGGUCCAUUCUGGCCCAGGAAAAGGCUCACCGCAGUCGGGGGUGGAUUUGUCUUUUGCAACCCGUACCGGUACAAGGCAAGGGAUUGAAACCCACCUGUUCAGGACGGAGACCAGCCGAGACCUCUCACUGUGGACAAGGAGCGUAGUGCAGGGCUGCCACAAUUCUGCGGAGCUUAUCACGGAAAUCACCACAUCUUGCACAUAUAAAAGCCAGGAGUGCCGUUUGACCAUCCAUUAUGAACAUGGAUUCUCUCUUACAACUGAACCGCAAGAUGGUGCCUUCUCUAAGACAAUUGCACAAUAUCCCUAUGAAAAACUGAAAAUGUCCUCAGAUGAUGGGAUAAGGAUGCUUUAUUUAGACUUUGGAGGAAAGGACGGAGAAAUUCAACUGGACCUGCAUUCCUGUCCAAAACCAAUUGUGUUCAUCAUUCAUUCCUUCCUGUCGGCAAAGAUUACAAGACUUGGCUUGGUGGCAUAAGUAGGAUACAUCUGUUUCUUCAAAGAAAGACGGAGUGACCAUGCUAAUCUGAAGUACAGUCCACAGCAGCAACCCAUACCAGCUAGCAGCGUACACCAGCUUGGGGUUCAGUACUGGGCCUUGGUCAUUUCUGCAGCCUUCUGAGGCCCAGGUUUCAUUUUGAUCAGCUAAAAAGGUGGCAUGACAAGAUAAACGGUGGAUUUCAUUGUAAAUAAUGGGAUUUUUAAAUCCCAUAUGAGACAGUAAAAGUGUGUAGUGCCAUAUGUGUAAAUGUUUCAGAAUCAUAAAUUGUGCCUAUUGCAAUGUACUUGUUUAUAUAGAAUAAGUCAAGGGCU